AAAAGAUCUUCUUUUUUUUUCUUGGUUUAAUCAUCUCAUUCUACCUCAUCAUCCUUCCUUGUCAUCAUCAUUAGAAACGAUUAGACAACGAUUUAUAAACAACAAUGGUUCAACUUACUCCAUCAACCAAACUAUUAUCUUUAAUUGGAUUAUCAUCAUUUGUAAUGGUAUCAGCAGGAGGUGGGAUGAUUGCUCAGGUCGUCGAUUCUACCAACUUUUGUGUAUUCCUUCCUCCUCCUGGACAGAUGAGUGCCCCAUUAUCUGACAAUGAAUGGGAUUCUCAAGCUUAUUGUUUAGGAAGUACUCCGCAGGCUACCAAUGCCAACACAUUGCCCGAUGGAUUUAUUCAAUCAGCUCAUUAUGUUGCUACUGAUAGUUAUGUUCAAGUCACUGGUCAAAUUGAUCCUUCUAAAGUUGGUUUGAAUCCUACUGAUGAAGGUGGUCAAUGCGAUAUCAUGGCUCCUAAAGGAUCUUCUUGUGCUGGUUGGCAGUAUUACGUCAACUUAAUUGAACCUGCUGGAAACACGUAUUGUAUGCGAUGUUGCAAUGAUCCUGUGAAUUGUAACCGUGGAAUUUCUCAAGAUGGCUGUGCUAGGGUAGUUCCAGGUGAUUACAGUGGUCCCAUGGAUGGCACUGGUAGUGGUACAUCCUCACCCUCUGCUUCUUCUUCUGUUUCUAGCGCUUCUGCUUCUGCGUCUUCAUCUUCAUCACAACCAUCCUCAUCUGUGACCAUUGUUAGUUCCUCUGCUUUACCAUCAUCAUCAUCAUCAUCAACAUUAUCAUCAUCGUCAUCAUCAUCUUCAUCUAGUAUUCCAUCUCCUUCCAAUGGAUCAACUAGUAAUACUGGUACGAAUGGAAAUGGCUCUGCUUCAGGUCAAUUAGGACAAUCUUCUGUUAUCGCUCAGUCAGUGAAUCAAGGUUCCUCCAUGAAUGUCAUCUCUACUCGUUCCGCUGUAGUUACUGGUGGUUUGAUUGCUUUGAUUUCUAUCAUGUUGACCCCUUAAAAUUCAUAUAUAUUGAUGAUGAUUAAUACUAUUACUACUAUAUACUAUUAUUAUUAUUUUUUCUUUAUUACUUCACCUUAUGUUUACUUGUUACACACAUAAUGUCAUUGUUAUCUUCAUUCUUUGUGUUAGUAUAGUCUGUCAGGAAACCAUUUUUUUUUUUUUUAGUGAAGGAUAUAAUGAUGAUGAUAG